GCUGCGGCCCAGCGAGCGGCCCAGAUGCAGGCCAUCAAGGGUGUGGUGGUGGGAGACGGAUCUGUAGGUAAAACUUGCCUACUGAUCAGUUACACAAUCAAUGCAUUUCCUGGAGAAUAUAUCCCUACUAUCUUUGACAAUUAUUCUGCCAAUGUUAUGGUAGAUGGAAAACCGGUGAAUCUGGGCUUAUGGAAUACAGCUGGACAAGAAGAUUAUGACAGAUUACGCCCCCUAUCCUAUCCGCAAGCAGAUGUGUUCUUAAUUUGCUUUUCGCUUGUGAGUCCUGCAUCAUUUGAAAAUGUCCGUGCAAAGUGGUAUCCUGAGGUGCGGCACCACUGUCCCAACACUCCCAUCAUCCUAGUGGGAACUAAACUUGAUCUUACGGAUGAUAAAGACAGGAUCGAGAAACUGAAGGAGAAGCAGCUGACUCCCAGCUGACCUAUCCGC